UGCAGUUUUUGGUAUUAAAAUGUUUUCAGUUCCACCAACCAUUGUGAUGUUGCACAUUUGAUAUGACGAAUACGCGUUAAGCUACUUCCCUCCAGGUUAAACUUCCCACCAACACCGGGGACUGACGAGGCAGGAGGCGGACAACGUUCCAGCUGUUAUUUUUGAGUCUGUGUAUUACCAAAAAAAAAAAAGAAAAAAAGAAAAAAAAAAAGUCAGGAGCUGUUGUCGGUGAAAGGAGCUAGCGCUAGCUGACUGGUCGGACUGGCGACGAGGCCCCAACCAACCAACCGGACGGGAACCCUGGGGGAACCAUGGCCAAUAUUGCUGUUCAGAGGAUAAAACGGGAGUUCAAGGAGGUCCUGAAGAGCGAAGAGACGAGCAAAAACCAAAUAAAGGUAGACCUGGUGGAUGAGAACUUCACAGAACUCAAAGGGGAAAUAGCAGGGCCCCCUGACACGCCGUAUGAAGGAGGUAGAUAUCAGCUAGAAAUCAAAAUUCCAGAGACGUAUCCAUUCAAUCCACCCAAGGUGCGGUUCAUCACAAAGAUCUGGCAUCCCAACAUCAGCUCAGUCACAGGUGCAAUAUGUCUGGACAUCCUUAAAGAUCAGUGGGCAGCAGCCAUGACACUGAGGACGGUCCUCUUGUCAUUACAAGCCUUACUGGCGGCAGCAGAACCAGAUGAUCCACAGGAUGCUGUGGUGGCCAAUCAGUACAAGCAGAACCCAGAGAUGUUUAAACAGACGGCAAGACUCUGGUCUCACGUUUACGCAGGAGCUCCCGUCUCCAGUCCGGAGUACACACGCAAAAUAGACAAACUCUGUGCCAUGGGCUUUGAAAAAAAUGCAGUAAUAGUGGCGCUGUCGUCAAAAUCCUGGGACGUGGAGACGGCGACGGAGCUCCUCCUUAGUAACUGAAUUUCGACGCCCGUCACGUUCCUCGGGAUCCACACGUCAGUCUUCAGCCGUACACACCCUCUCUCCUCCAAAAACUCCUGCUGUCUGAAGGCCAAUCCUGCUCGAUCCCACCCUCCUUUUUACGUCGGACAGAUCCCCCUUGUUCCCUCCCCCCCCCGUGACAUCUCCUCCGUCACCUCUGCUGUACCACACUCCAAUCAUCUGCUCCGUCAGCUCUUACCUCUGGUUUCUUUAAGGCUUCUCAACACUUAGUGAUACAAUCAGAAAUCCACAUCGAACGCCGUCUCCGAAGCAAAGUAGAAACCAAGCCCCGGCCACAUCUGUCACUCUGUCCCAGUUUUUUCUGGCUGUCCAAGAAAGCGGCUGUCAGCGGCUUCUCCUUGCCUAUGCAGUGCAUUUAUUUUCAUUCAUGCUCACCUCUUGGAGAGGGUUUAUGCCAUUCAGGGCAGUUCUGUUCCAGUUUUCGGACCCCCAUACUAAUUCAGUACACUUUUGGCUUGCUUUCACCAGGGAGAUUAAGAUCUCGUUUGAAAAUUCUCGUGCUCGGAUCAUUCGGGUUUUCGUGUGUUCGGACACUCUUUAAGAGGAUAGACGAGAAAAGGAACGUUUUGCUAGCGAUUUAUUGUAAUGUGGGUAUAUUUAAUUUGAAAGAAGAAAGCAGCGGGGGGUAAAAAGCGGUCCCCUUUUUUGUGCCGUCAUGGAGGAAUUCAGCACAUGCUGUAGUACGCCGUGUAGGUCGGCUUAUUCUGGAAAACAGCUCAUUAGGUGUCUUGCAGGCGUCCUCGCAGUAGCCAUCCUCAUGCCAAGUCCCCCCCCACCCUCACCAGUCAACAUCUGGCAGCUCCUCUAGGAGACUCCUCUCCUCCACUUUUGCCACACAUGGCUUGAAAUUACUUUCUUCAUCCGGGCUUCUCCCUUUCUUUUUAAAACACUUUUAUUCAGGAACAUGGAUGCGUUUGAUUUGUUGUUUUUAUUCCGAGAGAAAGAAGCAAACAAAAUUGAUGUUCAACGCGACCCGUGACAAGUCUAGAAGAAUAAGACCUCAUCUUAAUUGCAUCAACAAAUAAAUGUCAAUGACCAAUCUGUAAAUAAAAAGAUUAAAGUCUGUGUAAAAUAA